AUGGGGACGGCGCUUCUCCAGCGCGGGGGCUGCUUUCUCGUGUGCCUCUCGCUGCUGCUCCUGGGCUGCUGGGCAGAGCUGGGCAGCGGGCUGGAGUUCCCGGGCGCUGAGGGCCAGUGGACGCGCUUCCCCAAGUGGAACGCCUGCUGCGAGAGCGAGAUGAGCUUCCAGCUCAAGACGCGCAGCGCCCGGGGCCUAGUGCUCUACUUCGACGAUGAGGGCUUCUGCGACUUCCUGGAGCUCAUCCUGACGCGCGGCGGCCGCCUGCAGCUCAGCUUCUCCAUCUUCUGCGCCGAGCCCGCCACGCUCCUGGCCGACACCCCGGUCAACGACGGGGCGUGGCACAGCGUGCGUAUCCGACGUCAGUUCCGCAACACCACGCUCUUCAUCGACCAGGUGGAGGCCAAGUGGGUGGAGGUCAAGUCCAAGCGCCGGGACAUGACGGUGUUCAGCGGCCUCUUCGUCGGGGGGCUGCCCCCGGAACUACGCGCCGCGGCGCUCAAGCUCACGCUGGCCUCCGUGCGGGAGCGAGAGCCCUUCAAAGGGUGGAUUCGCGACGUGCGGGUCAACUCCUCGCAGGCCCUGCCGGUGGACAGCGGCGAGGUGAAGCUGGACGACGAGCCGCCUAACAGCGGCGGCGGGAGCCCGUGCGAGGCUGGCGAGGAGGGCGAGGGCGGGGUGUGCCUCAACGGAGGCGUGUGUUCCGUAGUGGACGACCAGGCGGUGUGUGACUGCUCGCGAACCGGCUUCCGCGGCAAAGACUGCAGCCAAGAAGACAACAAUGUGGAAGGUCUGGCGCACCUGAUGAUGGGCGACCAAGGAAAAGAAGAAUACAUUGCCACUUUCAAGGGAUCUGAAUACUUCUGCUACGACUUGUCUCAAAACCCCAUUCAAAGCAGCAGCGAUGAAAUAACUCUGUCCUUUAAAACCCUUCAGAGGAAUGGACUGAUGCUUCACACUGGGAAAUCAGCUGAUUAUGUCAAUCUCGCCCUGAAAAAUGGAGCUGUCUCUCUGGUCAUUAAUUUGGGAUCAGGGGCCUUUGAAGCACUAGUGGAGCCCGUGAAUGGAAAGUUUAAUGAUAAUGCCUGGCAUGAUGUGAAAGUCACCAGGAAUCUGCGUCAGCACUCAGGCAUUGGACACGCUAUGGUAAACAAACUACAUUGUUCGGUGACAAUAUCAGUGGAUGGGAUUCUUACCACAACGGGCUACACGCAAGAAGAUUAUACCAUGCUGGGGUCUGAUGACUUUUUCUAUGUUGGAGGCAGUCCCAGCACAGCAGACCUUCCCGGGUCACCAGUCAGUAACAACUUUAUGGGCUGUCUCAAAGAGGUUGUGUAUAAAAAUAAUGAUGUAAGGCUGGAAUUAUCUCGACUUGCCAAGCAAGGAGACCCGAAGAUGAAGAUUCAUGGAGUGGUGGCCUUUAAAUGUGAGAAUGUUGCAACUUUGGACCCAAUCACCUUUGAAACCCCAGAAUCUUUCGUCUCUUUGCCUAAAUGGAAUGCAAAGAAAACAGGCUCCAUAUCGUUUGAUUUCCGCACAACAGAGCCCAAUGGCCUCAUCUUAUUUAGUCAUGGCAAACCACGGCACCAAAAAGAUGCCAAGCACCCCCAGAUGAUAAAGGUUGACUUCUUCGCUAUUGAGAUGCUGGAUGGCCACCUCUACCUCCUCCUAGACAUGGGGUCAGGCACAAUCAAAAUCAAAGCCCUGCAGAAGAAGGUGAAUGAUGGAGAAUGGUAUCACGUGGACUUCCAAAGAGACGGACGGUCAGGUACCAUUUCUGUCAACACUCUGCGCACGCCCUACACUGCUCCUGGCGAGAGUGAGAUUCUGGACCUGGAUGACGAGUUGUACCUGGGGGGCUUGCCAGAAAAUAAGGCCGGCCUCAUCUUCCCCACCGAGGUGUGGACUGCGCUGCUCAACUAUGGCUACGUGGGCUGCAUAAGAGAUUUGUUCAUUGACGGCCAGAGCAAAGAUAUCCGGCAAAUGGCUGAAGUUCAAAGUACUGCUGGAGUGAAGCCGUCCUGCUCCAGGGAAACAGCAAAACCGUGCCUUAGCAACCCUUGCAAAAACAGCGGCAUGUGCAGGGAUGGGUGGAACAGAUAUGUCUGCGAUUGUUCCGGAACAGGCUAUCUUGGCAGGUCCUGCGAGAGAGAAGCAACGGUUCUGAGCUAUGAUGGGAGUAUGUUUAUGAAAAUCCAGCUCCCGCUGGUGAUGCACACAGAGGCUGAGGAUGUAUCCUUACGGUUUCGGUCCCAACGCGCAUAUGGCAUUCUCAUGGCAACCACCUCCAGAGACUCAGCAGACACCCUCCGCCUGGAGCUGGACGCAGGACGUGUGAAACUGACGGUCAAUCUAGAUUGUAUCAGGAUUAACUGUAAUUCCAGCAAAGGUCCCGAGACCCUUUUUGCCGGCUAUAACCUCAAUGAUAACGAAUGGCACACAGUGCGUGUGGUUCGUCGAGGAAAAAGUUUAAAGUUAACGGUGGAUGAUCAACAGGCCAUGACAGGUCAAAUGGCGGGGGAUCAUACAAGGCUGGAGUUUCAUAACAUAGAGACUGGCAUCAUCACGGAACGCCGGUAUCUGUCUUCUGUUCCCUCCAACUUCAUUGGGCACCUGCAGAGCCUGACAUUUAAUGGAAUGGCAUACAUUGACUUGUGUAAAAAUGGCGACAUAGAUUAUUGUGAGCUCAAUGCCAGGUUUGGCUUCAGGAACAUCAUAGCAGACCCUGUCACCUUCAAGACCAAAUCGAGCUAUGUUGCCUUAGCUACGUUGCAAGCCUACACUUCUAUGCAUCUUUUUUUCCAGUUCAAGACAACAUCCCUAGAUGGACUAAUUCUGUAUAACAGUGGGGAUGGAAACGACUUUAUUGUGGUUGAAUUAGUUAAAGGGUACUUACAUUACGUGUUUGAUUUGGGAAAUGGUGCUAACCUCAUCAAAGGGAGCUCAAAUAAACCUCUCAAUGACAAUCAGUGGCACAACGUGAUGAUAUCAAGGGACACCAGCAACCUCCACACUGUAAAGAUUGACACGAAAAUCACAACGCAAAUCACAGCGGGAGCCAGGAACUUGGACCUUAAGAGUGACUUGUAUAUAGGAGGAGUGGCCAAGGAAACAUAUAAAUCCUUGCCGAAACUCGUCCAUGCCAAGGAGGGCUUUCAAGGCUGCCUGGCAUCAGUUGAUCUAAAUGGACGGCUUCCAGACCUCAUCUCAGAUGCUCUUUUCUGCAAUGGACAGAUUGAGAGAGGCUGUGAAGUUGCAUUGAUGAAAGCUGACUUGCAAGGGCCCAGCACAACCUGCCAGGAGGACUCAUGUUCCAACCAAGGCGUGUGCUUGCAGCAGUGGGACGGCUUCAGCUGUGACUGUAGCAUGACCUCCUUCAGUGGGCCACUCUGCAAUGACCCUGGGACAACGUAUAUCUUUAGCAAAGGUGGUGGACAAAUCACGUAUAAGUGGCCUCCUAAUGACCGGCCAAGUACACGAGCAGACAGACUGGCCAUAGGGUUUAGCACUGUUCAGAAAGAAGCUGUAUUGGUGCGAGUGGACAGUUCUUCUGGCCUGGGAGACUACCUAGAGCUGCAUAUACAUCAAGGAAAAAUCGGAGUUAAAUUUAAUGUUGGGACAGAUGACAUCGCCAUCGAAGAGUCCAAUGCAAUCAUUAACGAUGGGAAAUACCAUGUAGUCCGUUUCACGAGGAGUGGUGGCAAUGCCACGUUACAGGUGGACAGCUGGCCAGUGAUUGAGCGCUACCCUGCAGGAAACAAUGAUAACGAGCGCCUGGCGAUUGCUAGACAGCGAAUUCCAUAUCGACUUGGUCGAGUAGUUGAUGAAUGGCUACUCGACAAAGGGCGUCAGCUCACAAUCUUCAAUAGCCAAGCAACCAUAAUAAUUGGCGGGAAAGAGCAGGGCCAGCCCUUCCAGGGUCAGCUCUCUGGGCUUUACUACAAUGGCUUGAAAGUUCUGAAUAUGGCAGCCGAAAAUGAUGCCAACAUCGCCAUAGUGGGAAAUGUGAGACUGGUUGGUGAAGUGCCUUCCUCUAUGACAACUGAGUCGACAGCCACUGCCAUGCAGUCAGAGAUGUCCACGUCAAUUAUGGAGACCACCACGACCCUGGCUACUAGCACAGCCAGAAGAGGAAAGCCCCCUACAAAAGAACCCAUUAGCCAGACCACAGAUGACAUCCUUGUGGCCUCAGCGGAGUGUCCCAGCGAUGACGAGGACAUUGACCCCUGUGAGCCGAGCUCAGGUGGGUUAGCCAACCCAACCCGGGCAGGCGGGAGAGAGCCAUACCCAGGCUCAGCAGAAGUGAUUCGGGAGUCCAGCAGCACCACGGGCAUGGUUGUGGGGAUCGUAGCCGCUGCCGCCCUGUGCAUCCUCAUCCUCCUUUACGCCAUGUACAAAUACAGAAACCGGGAUGAAGGCUCAUACCACGUGGAUGAGAGUCGAAACUACAUCAGUAACUCAGCACAGUCCAAUGGGGCUGUAGUAAAGGAGAAACAACCCAGCAGUGCGAAAAGCGCCAACAAAAACAAGAAAAACAAGGAUAAAGAGUACUACGUCUGAU